UGAUGCGUCUAAGAAAUUGAAAGAAAAUUCUGUAAGAGAAAAAUCUCUCAAGAAACCCGUUGUUGAAGACCCAUUAAUGGAGAACGACUCAAUAAUUAUGUCCUCUGAAUUCAGUACUGAGAGAAAAAGAAAGAGAAAAUCAAGCAAGAGGAAGGCAAAAAGCAAUGGCAGAAGUGGAGAAGGAUCUUCAUCAAGAAACAACAAGAAAAGACGAAUUAAUCUAACGGAAGAGCCAGCGCCUCCAUUACCCAUACAAUUCAAAAAUGCAAUUAAAACCCUAGCACAAGGUAGAAGUGUCUCGGAAAUAAAGUUGGGAAUACAGAAGCAAUUAUUCGCCAGUGAUAUGGCUCAGGAUCAAAACCGCUUCACCAUUCCGGCAAAUCAGAUUAGAGAGGAGUUCCUGAGCUAUGAAGAGAAGACAAAUCUGUCAAAGUACGUGAGUAAGAGACGAAAAAUGGAUAUGAAAGUGAAGAUAAUCGAGCCAUUGCUUGGAGAAGGAAGGGUGGAGUUGAGAAGAUGGGACUUGAAGAAAUAUUCUGGACGUUCAAGUUCGUCGUACGUGUUGAAUAAAACUUGGGGCGAAAUUCGUGAGAAUAAUAAACUCAAGAUUGGAGAUGUCAUGCAACUUUGGGCUGUUCGAGUCGAUGAAGAAUUGCUGUUUGCUCUUGUCAAGCUUGCCUGA